AUGGGGUCUUCUAGACCUAAUGUUACUUGUUUCAGAUGCGAGCAGGGACAUUAUAAGUCCCAAUGCACUCAGGCUCAGGUAGCUCAAGUGAUUUGUUUCAAGUAUGGGCAGUCAGGGCAUCACAAGUCUCAGUGUACUCAGAUUCAGGUGGCAUCUGGUGGAUGUUUCGGGUGUGGCCACCAGGGCCAUAGGGUGAAAUAUUGUCCACAGCGGGGCAAUGGUUUGGGCAGAGGUGGAGGUUCACAACAGAGGCAGAUGCAGUCUGCCACAGUUCAGUUAGGGUUUCGACCGCUACCACCACCUCAGCCAUCUCAACCACCUAUGUCAACCCAGAGUUCUCGGCCUGGCGGUUCUCAGGGGCAUAGGACCCAGGGUCGCGUGUUUGCACUCACUCCAGCCGAGCCACCAUCCAGUCCUUCAUUUGUCAAGGGUAUGUUUCUUGUGUCCCAUUCUUGGGCAUGUGUAUUGUUUGAUUCCGGUGCUUUUUAUUCAUUCAUUGUUUUAUCAUUUGCACGGGCAUUGGGUUUGGAGGUCAGUCAGUUAGACAGACCGUUCUAUGUUGACACACCUAUUGGGGAUUCAGUCAUUCUUGGUAGAGUUUGUAGGAGUUGUUCCAUCACGAUUGCCGGACGUGUUUUUGAGUUCGAUCUCAUCCUUCUCGAGAUGACGGGAUUUGACGUCAUUCUUGGGAUGGACUGGUUGUCGUCCUUCAGAGCUGUUAUUGAUUUUUUAAGGAGCAGAGUUUCAGUGUGUACCCCGGAUGGGGAUUAUUUCUGUUUUGUGGGAGAUCAGUGCGAUCCUUUCACUCAUUCAUUUUAUGGUGUUAGGGGUUGGGAUCGGCAGACAUUCUUCUUGGCUAGUCUUCUCACCGAUGAUGAAGUUGAGUUUUAUGGGGUUGAUUAUCCAGCGGUUGUGCGCAAUUUUCUAGAUAUGUUUCCGAAGGACUUGACUGAGUUACCUCCACACUGA